AGUUAAAACGCACAAUACAGUAGCUCCAAUAGUUGUAUAAAUAAAAAUUACCGUUUUUUGUUACGUUUGAUCUACAUCUUGUUAUCCUUUUUCAUGUCUCAAACUUUCUUAAAACUAAAUAAAGAAGGGAAAACUGCCAAACCACCUUUGUUAUUAAAAAACAUGUAAUUACCUGUUAGAUUUCCCUUAAAUUAUUAUUUUCUACUGACCAAUUUCGCAAACGUUCACACAAAAGCAGCAAUGGGUGCCUGCGAUGCAUGUAUGAGCCGAAUUCCGUACGCAACUAUGAUUGCGACAAUAAUGUGCACAUUGGGAGUCAUCGUGUUCUGUUGGACAUUAUUUAAAGGCGCAUCUUUGUCUAUGUUGAUGUUCGAGCAAGUAUUUAAAGUGCGACUUUAUUGGAUUGACGCUAUACAAAUGAUAUUCGUUAUAAUCGGAGCAUGCAUGGGAGCACUAGGCUGUAUGAUCUUAACUGUGGGAUGUUUGGCCACGGGAGCAACAAGGCGCAAAGUUUAUCGAGCUUGGAGGUCGAGGGUUGGUGGCCGAAUCGGCUGUGCAAUCUUUAUGGUGGUGACCUACAUUUUACAAAUAGCUUGGAUAUUGAUGUUUGCUUUCUUAGUCAUAAUUACAUUUGUGUUCACAAUUUUCUGGAAUAUGUGCGAUAAUCCUCGAGUUAAGGAGCUUCGUGAUUGCAUUGAAUUCCAACAGUUUUAUUUUCUGUUUCCCAAAGGAACGCUUCAGGAACAUAUGCAAGUUUGUGGUGAAAACGAUAUUAAGCUGUUCUGUGGCGAUUACGUUGAUAAAGCAGAGCUUAUGUUUAUUUUAGCAACUGCAGCUACUGUUUUGAUCAUUUUAAGUUUGAUUCACUAUUUAAUGUGCUUGUCAGCGAAUUACGCUCAUAUACGGGACCAUGAAAAGUUUCAAGAAUUACAGGACCUGCAUUACUUGACCGAUCCUGAUAUGGGAGGAAGCAAAGAUAGGUUUUAGGAUAUGGCCCAGGAGAUACACAUGUCACCCACCUAAUUUGAAUUUUUGCACUUUUUGGGUAUCGGAUGCAAGUAUGAACUAAUUACGUGUAUUUCCUGGGGAGACUGCCACAUACAAACGUAGACUGUUACGUUAAUAGCGUUUAAUCGAAAAUAAACGGGGCCUUAAAAAAUGGGCUUCAUAUAAAUCAAUUUAAGUGCAAUUAUAAGUAUACAUUCCAUAUCCGUCCAGAAUGUUCUUUCUAAUUAAACUUUCAUAUAUAUCUCAUUCUCACAACAUAUAUUUAUUUUUGAUACCAUGACAAACGAUAAUGGCAUGUUCACUGUUCACAUUUAAUAUAAGUAUUAUUCGUAAUUUGUAAAGACUGUUCUAUAUUUUGUAUUAAAUUGUUUCUAUUAACAGAACUAACAGAAAAAGAUGGCAUCUACUAUUACUAUUAAAUGUAUUAUAGGAUUAUAUUCUCUGUUGCUUAAUUUUGUAUUAUUCCAUUUUUUAUAUAUUUAUAUUUUGCAGUAAUUUAUUUGUUUUGUGAACCUGUGUAAGAUAUUAUCAAAGAGUAACCAGUACUCUUUGAUAUACUGUAAUUAUUGCUUACAUUAUAAUUUAUUUUUAUUUUCAAUCAAGGCAACCUAGAGAUUUUGCAAUUGAAGAUUGGAUUAUCAGGUUGUUACAGCAGCUUUUUGUUUGUUGCUAUUUUUUUUGUUUUUCAUUUGGCGUGUAGGUUUAGUAUUGCUUUUCUGAAAAUGUUUUUUUUUCUGUAGUAUAAAAUUGAGUAACA